AUGGCGCGCCGACAACAGCGAAAGACGACCACCACGGCUAAGCUGGGUAAUCUAGAUCUUCUCCUUUUCGCUCUACGAGCAGAGCUUGGCCCCGACUGGGGAUGCUACAAGGAACUCAUAGAGGGAGCCGUAGCCGCGAAGGCAAGCGGCGAGAAUGUUUCCGCCUGGGUCGACCAGACCGAGCCGCUGGUACGAAGCACCGCUUCGCAAUUCGCGCAUCAGGGAGUGCUGUUUCUGUUAGGCAUCAAGGUGGGUAGUGAAGCUUCUUCUGUUACCAAGGCUACCAACGCGACCAACGACAUGUCCGCUCCACCUCCUGACACCCGACGCCCAGCGCAACCAGUACGGCCCUCAGCCAACAUGCAGUCCGCCUUCACCUCCAGCUGGACACCCAUGCCCUCCCCCAGUCCUAGCGCCUACAUACCACCGACACCCACCUCUGUCGCAUCCAGGAAACGCUCGGCGGCCAACGUCGCCUUCCAGGGUCAGAAGCAGGUGACCGCAACACAGCCUCUCAAAUCCGACUGGUUCGGCGGUUACGUCCUUCACCAAGAUCCCGCCUUUCGGCGCGACGUAUUCGAGUUCUUUGGCCACGCAGUACCCGACAAGCCCGAUCCCAAGCACCACGAUCAAUCCGAUGUAUCAUCCGUGUACAAGGCCGCGGAUGACGACCUAGCGGUCUGGAGGGCGGGCUCCGGGGCGGAGGGCGAGGCGAAGGACAGCGGUCAGGAGGGUCAGAAGGACAGGAUCAAGACUGUGGAGGAUGCGAAGCGAGAGCGUGUGCGAGAAGGUUUGCGCUUCAAGCUUUUCGACAAGUUGGAUUAA